GCAUAAGUAGCCGGCGCCAAAUAUUCGAUGGUUCAAUAGUUUGGUUCCCCUUUCUUUAAAAACCCACCCCAUUCUCCUUUCCUCUGUUUAAAACCCAACCCCAACGCCUCUUCUAAUUCUUCCUUCUUACGUGUUUUCUCUCUCUCUCUCUCUUUCACUUCACUCUUCACUUCAAAGCAGCUGCUUUCACCCUUUUAGCCGUUGAAUCCUUACAACAGAACCUUAAUAAAAAAAAAAAAAACAAAGACAUGGGAGUGGAAAGUGGCUUCUCUUCUCCUCGAAAUGAUGUGUUUCCCGCCGGUCUCCGGGUUCUCGUCGUCGAUGACGAUCCUACCUGGUUGAAGAUUCUUGAAAAGAUGCUCAAAAAGUGUUCUUACGAAGUUACUACAUGUUGUCUUGCACGAGAAGCUCUAAACUUGCUUCGUGAAAGGAAGGAUGGUUAUGACAUUGUAAUCAGUGAUGUUAACAUGCCUGACAUGGAUGGGUUUAAACUUCUAGAACAUGUUGGACUGGAAAUGGACUUACCUGUCAUUAUGAUGUCUGUUGAUGGAGAAACCAGCAGAGUGAUGAAAGGUGUUCAGCAUGGCGCUUGUGAUUACCUUCUUAAACCUAUAAGGAUGAAAGAACUUCGCAACAUAUGGCAGCAUGUGUUCAGAAAAAAGAUACAUGAGGUGAGAGACAUUGAAAGUCUGGAAGGCAUUGAAAGUAUUCAUAUGACAAGAAGCGGCUCUGAUAUGUUUGAUGAUGGACACUUGCUUGGUGGAGAAGAUAUAACCUCAGUAAGGAAAAGAAAAGAUGCUGAUAACAAGCAUGAUGAUAAAGACCUCAGUGAUCCUUCUUCUACCAAGAAAGCAAGAGUUGUUUGGACAGUAGACCUUCACCAAAAAUUUGUCAAAGCUGUAAAUCAGAUUGGAUUUGAUAAGGUUGGUCCUAAGAAAAUACUUGACUUGAUGAAUGUACCGUGGUUGACAAGAGAAAAUGUUGCCAGCCACUUGCAGAAGUACCGCCUCUAUUUGAGUAGGUUGCAGAAGGAAAGUGAUAUAAAAAAUUCAUUUACUGGAAUGAAUCAUUCAGAUCCAUCUUCGAAAGAUUCUACUGCCAGUUUUGGUCACCAUAACUCGAUGAAUGUGAUGCAGGAUGAUUUGUCUAAUGGCGCCUAUAGUUUUUCUGUUAAUAACUCACUUGCUCAGAAUGUGGAUCUCAAAGGUCAUGAAGGUGAUAGAAAAGGAAUUACUUCAGUGCCUGUGGCAGAACCUAAAGGAGCUUUGUCUAUAGAUAUUCCUGAUCCCAAUAAAGCCAAGAGUUCACAUAUAAGCUUUGAUCAUUCCCUUGGAUCAGUUGAUUCAGGUUUAAACUUUGCCUCAUUUAAUUCUACCAACCUGGUGCAGUACUCCUGGAGUAAAAUUCCUGAGAUUCAGUUCAAACAAGAGUGUGAACCAUUGCAAUUAGAGAAUGGCUUCAGCCAACUACCACUGCCAGGGUCACAUCAUCACAUGCAGACAGAAUAUCUACAACCUUCCGCAUCCAUUAGCUCUGGACCUUCCAUAACUGAAAAAGAGGCUAGUAGUAGCAGAAUUGAAGUUAAGCCUAUGUACGAUGAGUAUGGAAGGAAUCAUGUCAAACAUUUAAGUCCAAUGGAAGCAGUUGACUUAUUUCCUGUUCAAAGCAAAAACCAUACGCUACAUAAUCAAGUUUUUGAGCCCAUUUCUACUAGUACAUCAAGCAUGAAAAGUCCGGACGUCAGUCUGAACUGGCUCACUGACUUGGAAUUUGCACAGAGGAACCUGAAUGGGGGAGCAGGAAUACCUUUUACAUCUUUGAGCGAGGACAUACAAGUCUGUUGGCUUCAAGGUGAUUGUUAUGCUAUGAAUUUUGGUCUGCAGGAUUUUGAUUGUACUGAGUAUAACGAUCCAGCAUUGAUUGCCGAAAUUCCAUUCCAUUUGUAUGAUGCACCAAGGUUUGACCACGACCAUCUCUUUGACCCUGCAGAAUAUUCUGCAUUAGAUAAAGGAUUGUUUGCAUAAAGUCUGUUCCUGCAACGCAACUUCAGUGAAGAAAGGAUCCUUUGCUAUUUUAGGUAAUAUCUAUAAGUGGAGUACUUCAUUUUUAUGGAUAGGGAUGCCAUUUUCCCAAUCAGUUUGGACUUGGGUGUUGAAACAUGUAUAAUACGAGUGGUAAUAAAAUGUCAAAAAUAAUAAUUUUGCUGCUGUAAGUUUUCUAACCUGGAAUUUGGAUCUGUUAGUGCUGUAUUAGUAUGCAAGUGACAUGUGAACUUGGGUGCAAUCUAAUCCCCUCUUAUUUUCAACUUUUAGCUCGGUGAUUUCUUUUGUU